AUGGAGAGUGCUGUCGAUGCCGAUGCACUAGGCGCAGGCGCGCCCCUGCGACGGAGAGUGACCAACGCCUGCGAAGCAUGCAGGGCGACCAAGGUCAAGUGCCGGACCAGCGUGCAGCCCGGAAUAUGUCGAAGACCCCCUCCGCCCCCGGGGCCGUCCAAGACCUUCAGCCUUAACUUUGAGAUGUCUUCAUUGGACGAGUCCGAUGAUAUCGAGAGCCUCGCCGCACGAUAUGACCAGUACUUUGAGGACUUUAUACCCUCUUCCGACAUGGAGUCCAUCGACGUGAUGUUUGGCCUUGAUGACCCCGGCAGCGGGCCCUACUCCUCCCUAUCAUCGCCACCGUCAUCCGGCUCGGGCUCAGGCUCAGGCCCGUCCAUCUCCAUAUCGAACCUCGGCCUCAAGCCCCAGUUCAACCUCGACUCCGCCGAGAAGCUGCUGCAGACCUUCCGCAUCAUGCUGAAGCACUUCCCCUGUGUGGUGCUCCCGCCCGACGCCACCGUCAUGUCAUUAUCCAAGACCAAGCCGUUUCUGCUACUUGCCAUUCUGUCGACGGCGUCCGGAUCCAGUGCGUUGCAGGGACAUAUCCUCUACGAUGAGGAGUUCCGCAAGGUCCUGGGCCUCAAGUUUGUAGCCGCCGGCGAGCGAACCCUGGAACUUAUCCAAGGCCUGCUCAUCUACACGGCGUGGUAA